AUGCGGAGAUCUUCGAGCUGGUCUCGCGACUUCCACCCAGGUCUCCAUCUUCUCUUCCAGCACGACACGCCUUGUAUACAUAGAGACAUGGCUGAAGUAAUGGCAUCAGCGAUAGUCGUGCCCGAGGAAGCGAGGGAUGCCACACCCGACACAAAUGGGAACAGCAACGGUUUGAAGAGGAGACAGUCGGAGUCGGAUGAGCAGGAGAGCAAGCGACAGCGUACAAGUCCGGGUAAGAGCUCACCAGCAGCACCUACCACGGAGGAGAAGCAGCAACCAGAAACAUCCACAUCCUCCAAGGAGCAAGGUGCCAGAGACGUGCGCAAGAAGAAGACUGUUGGAGAUGAGAAGCAGCGUAGCAAGAGGUUGUUUGGCGCGUUGCUCGGCAAUCUGAAUCGUCCCAGUGACAGGAACGCGACGAAGAGGGCGGAGAUUGAGCAACGAAGAAAGGCUGAGCUUCAAAAGCAGGAUGACGAACGCCUCGAGGACAAGCAGAAGCGGUUGGAGCAGCUCGCCAAACAUCGCAAGACGGAGCAGAUAAAUUUCGACGAGCAGAACAUGCAUAUACGGCAUAAGAAUCUGCUGAGCAGCGCAAACUACCUGCAAACACGAGCAGAACCCAGACUGCAGUACUACAAGCCCUGGGAACUCCUUCCUGAUGAAGAAGACCGCAUCGAAGAUCAUAUCCGAGACGCGGAGAAGCAGAUCGAUAAAGAGCUCGACGAAUGGAACAUCGAGAAGCGUCGGCGGUUGAACGAGAUUGAGGGACGCACCGAAGACGACGAAACGCAAGACCGUCCGUCAGCCAACGGUCAUGACAAAGCUAAGGGUUCAGAACAAGCUGAUCAACCACCCAAUGUUGACACUAACAACGAAAACAAGAAUGAAGCUGGUGACACAGGAGAUUCAACCAAACCAGCAGAGGUGCCAGAAUCGGACCUGAGUCCUCGAGAGAGCGGCCAAGUCCAAGCGUCGGACAGGAAAGAGGAAGAGAAAGAGACCUCGAGCAAAGGGGCCACUGGACCAGCCACUGCUGUAGCCAACGACGAGGAGAAGGAAGAGCCCAAAGAGGAUCACGACGAUGAUGGUGACCACGUUGAGGAAGGUGACGAGGACACCGUCAUCUAUUGA